AAAAAAACAUUGUAGGAUCGAAGGAGAGAAAAGGAGAGAUUGAGAGAGAUCGGCGUCGCUCGUCCCCUCGCCCCCCCGCCCCCUCAAAACCCUAAUCCCCUCGGAUCGAUCCCUCCGGUCUUCCCCGCGCCGGCCCGGAUUCAGAUCGAUUCCCUCUUCCCCAGUUGCAGGUGACUUCUGUAAUUAGUAUUCUUAGAAAUGUCUCCGGCAUCCAAAUCCAAGUCUAAGGAUAAGGCUGCAAGGACAGCCAAGGAACAACCCAAGGUUUUAUCAAAAUCCUCAUCUGCUCCAGCUAAUGGUGGAAAUGGUGCCCCAGCAAGUGCAUACAAUCCAGUUUCGGGUACAUUCCAUACGCUUGAAACACCACCAUCUGCCUCUUUGCCGGGAGCCCAAAACAACGGUCGGUUCAGAAGUAUAGAUGAAACAGAGGAGCAUUCUGGCAGUUCACUAGGCACUACAGGAGAGUUUGACUCAGCUUCCAACAAUGGUAGCUGCUCUGGUGAGUCAGAAGACCAGAAGGAGAAGACUACUAGUGCUACACCUCGCAUAGAGCCUAUUCCCGGUUGUGACACUGAUAAACGUGAUAAGAUUCGGCAGAAGAAUGAGAGGAAGCACCAACGCCAGAAGGAGAGACGGGCCCAGGAGCUACAUGAACGCUGUAGUGGGUAUCUUAUGUCUAGGAAACUAGAGACACUUGCUCAGCAGCUUGUGCAGAUGGGCUUUCCCUCAGAACGUGCAACCAUGGCUCUCAUUCAAAAUGAAGGCCGUGUUGAGGAGUCUGUUGCAUGGCUUUUUGAGGUGGGUGAAGAAAGCAAACUGGUUGCAACAAACUUGGAAGGUGGAGUUAACUUGAAAAUUGAUAUUACUGAUGAACUUGCUAAGAUUGCAGAGAUGGAAAUAAGAUUCAAGUGCACAAAGCAGGAGGUUGAAAGAGCUGUUGUUGUAUGUGAGGGUGAUUUGGAGAAGGCUGAAGAAACCAUGAAGGCACAGAAACAAGAACCAUCUGCUGCUCCACCAAAGUCGGAAGAAUCAGGUGAUCCUGCUGCCAUCAGUAGUUCCAAUAACAAAAUGGCUAUGUCUUCUCAGAACCCAACCGUAAGAACUCAAGUAAAGGCAAUUGCUUCAGUUGGCACCCAGCAGCAGAGAAGAGAUGAAAGCGAUUUUAAUUAUGUGAAGUCAGUGGCAAUGGGAGUGGUGUCUCAGGAGUCUGGAAACAGAAAUUUGCAGUCUUUGAGAAGGCUACAACCUAAACCAGACUGGGGAAGACAGCAGGUUGCUGCUCCCUUGGAGAAGAGAUGGCCGAGCACCAGCUCUUCUCCAUCUGUUUCAUACUCGCUGGCAUCUCCAUUGCAAGCUGCGGUUCCCCCAAGCAAGCCGGAAGCACGCUAUGCGAUGGCAGGCAAUGAACUCAAGGCAAACUUGCAGGCAGGAACAUUGAGAGAGCCAGUCAUUGUAAUGCAGCGCCCACAAUCCAAACAAAGCCUCCCAUCCACAAGCCUUGCUAUCAGUGCCUUACCACCAGCUUCCACGGGAUGGUAUUCAAACGGAAUGCUCGGCAUGGAGAUGAAGGUGGCCAGUGGGGGCUUGGGCCACAGCUUACCCCCCUUGGGUUUGAAUGGCUCUAGUCCCCAGCAAUUUGUUCCCCAAAACCAUUUCCAAACUUUUGUUUCAAGACCUAUGGAUUCUGGUGCAACAGGAUGGGGUGGUUCAUGGAGCCCUACAGGGACAUCAUCUUCACUUGCUGUGCCAUCCUCACUUGGGCUGUUUACUGGGUGGGGUUCUUCCGGGUCUUCAGCAUCAUCACCUGUUGAUUGGAGUACUGGUGGAUCAACACCUCGUGACUACACCUCUAUAGACUGGAGCCUAGACCUGGCACUCCUGCGGCCAUCUGUUAAGAGUGAUAGGUUAUCUGAUACAUGGUCACCCAUGUUUAUGGGUGGGAAAAUUGCAAGGCCAGUUGUGAACGGUGGCGGUGUCUACAUUGCAGGGUUGCAGGAUGGUAGCCUUGCAUCAGAGUCGUCUUCUGCUGGAUCUCAUGAGUGGACCUCUCCCUUUGCAGGGAAAGACCUUUUUAGGGUUCCCAGGCAGUAUGUUACAUCCCCUUCCCUGUAGGAAGGGGUCUUAGGCUGAAAAUGGAAAAUGGACAAACUGCUGGAUUUGGUGUUGUUUCUUAAUGUCUUUCAAUGGUCUCUGGUUUUUAGUGAA